AUGAACUUGAGGCUAGAAUUGACUAGGUUUUUGUCUUUGGGAUACGUUCUUUCCAGUUCGUUUAUGUUUUGGAUGGGGCUAUCUCUAUUUACAGAUUGUCAUUCUCCAAUCGUUGUUGUCCUUUCGGGAUCCAUGGAACCUGCUUUCCAAAGAGGUGAUAUUUUGUUCUUGUGGAACAGGAACGAGAAGAAUAAUGUGGGUGAUGUGGUUGUGUAUGAAGUUGCCGGGAAAUCUAUACCAAUUGUUCACAGAGUAUUAAAACAACAUUAUGAUCGCUCCACCGGAGAGCAGCUAUUGCUAACAAAGGGUGAUAAUAACAAUGGUGAUGAUGUACCAUUGUAUGCUAGAGGUAAUUACUACUUGAACAAGACCAAAGACGUUGUAGGGACAGUCAAAGGAUAUAUACCACAGUUGGGUUACGUAACGAUAUGGAUCUCUGAAAACAAAUAUGCCAAAUUUGGCCUUCUAGGUCUCUUGGCACUUUCUUCGUUGAUAAGUAGUGAGGAUUAG